UUUUUUUUUUUCUAUAUGCGAUGCGAGAAAGAAUCACGAUAAAAAAUGAGCAAACGAUUUUUUUUUAGCUGAUAUGAUGAGAAUAUCGUGGGUAGCAUGCGGGCAUAUUGCAUAACGAUAUCUUUUCCUCUUUUUCUUUUCCUCUUUCUUAGCAACGACAUGAUGAUUCGACGACUGAAGGAUGGAUUUUCACAAACUCGUCCUACUUUUUACUUUUUUACUUUUUCGAGUGGACUGCACGAACGAUUAUGGAGUGCUUUCUUUUCUUUCUUUUUAUUCGAGCUUCAACGCCACCAUUUUUAAUUUGCUCUCAUCAAGGUGCCAACUGUCUGAUAGUACAAGGACUGCGCUUUUUGACAUUUAAUUUGCUUCUUCUUCAUCUUCUCUUUGCUAUACUG